AAAGCUUCUCAUGCUAUAAAUUCCUUUGAAGAAUUUUUUUGAUUAUUAUUGUGAGAGAGCACAUUUUCUUCAUAGAAACAUGGCUAAAGCUGUAGCAUUAGUUGCUGCCUCAUUCUUGAUUUUGUUGUUGGCUUUUCCAACUGUUUUUGCAACAGAUUACGUUGUUGGAGGUCCUUCUGGAUGGGUCAUUGGACCUGAUUAUGGCAUCUGGGCCGAAAAUUUUAAAUUCAAAGUUAAUGAUACUCUAACGUUCAAGUAUGAGGCAAGUCUCCACCAAGUGGACGAAGUGAGCAAAAGCGACUACAUUAACUGCAAUUCAAACCACUCAAUAAAAAACUACAAAGGCGGUAACAACAAGAUCACACUUUCAAAGCCAGGGAGCUACUUCUUCUUGUGCCCAACACCUCGUCACUGCCAACUUGGCAUGAAACUUGCGCUCAAUGUUUCUUAAACCCGGGUUCUGUACUGAUUUGGGAUGGAUUUAUGUCUUGGGAAGAGGCAGUGCUAGUGAAAUAUUUUUAGAUGAAUGUUAGGGCAGUUAUUUUGGUGUUUUGUAACUAUCAAUUAGUCAUUAAUAGUCUUUUUAAUGGUGUGAGAUUA